AUGGCAGCCAUUUCUCCAUGGUUUUCUUCUCCGCUGAGCUCUUCGAAUCCUCGUCAUAUUAAGGCCAUUACAGAUUCCAGAAGAUGUACAUCAAUUCCUGCUAUCAUCUCCUCUGCUCUAGACAGUUCCAACGAGGAACAACAUCGGAUUUCGUCUAGCGAUCAUGUUAACAUGAAGAGAAGGGAAGUCAUGUUACAGAUAGCUUCCUCUGCUUUCUUCCUUCCGUUGAUCGUUUCACCUGCAUUUGCAGAGACAAACGCAACAGAGACUUUCCGUGUGUACACAGAUGAAGCGAACAAGUUCGAAAUAUCAAUCCCACAAGACUGGCAAGUUGGGCAAGCAGAACCAAACGGAUUCAAGUCAAUCACAGCUUUUUACCCUGAAGAAACUUCAACUUACAAUGUGAGUGUGGCGAUCACUGGACUAGGCCCGGAUUUCACUCGGAUGGAAUCUUUUGGAAAGGUCGAAGCUUUCGCCGAAACACUGGUCAGUGGAUUGGAUAGAAGCUGGCAGAAACCAGCAGGAGUGACUGCAAAGUUAGUCGAUAGCAAAGCUUCUAAAGGUUUCUAUUACAUUGAGUACACAUUACAAAACCCUGGAGAAGCUCGGAAGCAUUUGUACUCUGCAAUUGGAAUGGCAACAAACGGUUGGUACAACCGUUUAUACACUGUCACAGGACAGUUUACAGAUGAAGAAUCUUCUGCUGAACAAAGCUCCAAGAUCCAGAAGGCAGUCAAGUCUUUCAGAUUCAUAUGA